CGAGUAUAAUUUCUUUGCGUAGCAAUAGCAACAUUGGUAGCAGCAAACAGGCUAGAGGCUUUAGAUCUUGAAUGUGGAAGGUAGCACACCGGCGCAACAAUCAGCCUCGAUCGAAGGUGUUUGUCUAGCUCACAGCUUUUAUCCAGCAGAGAAACACCAAUGGUAGUCGUAAUAUUAAGACGAGAGUUAACGGCAAUCUGUGAGCACCAGGCGCCUUUGAGAGCACAGCAAGGCCGACCAACGGGUAUCUGGAGAACAGAAUCGGUUGUCUCGGUGCUGUGGCUCUACGCCGUUCUUUCCGCUGUCCCCCUUAGGCCGCUGCAAUGUUCUUUAGGCCUUGUCACCUAGGUACGCCUAUUUGUUCUAGUUUCGCUACCGCGAACGCAAUCAGCGAUGGUACCACCAUCACCGCAGCAAUAGCUAGUGGAACUGUGGAGUAGUGGAUGCGUGUGGUUUAUGACGACGACAGGAUACCGCAAGACGACAGAAUAAAAUCCAAGGCCAGAAUUUGUUUCUUGCCACCAAGGUUAACUUGCUGUGAACCAGAACAGAGUGAUACGUUCUGUGUGACAGAGAAGCGUUCUUCAUUGUUCUUGAUACUGAGCCUCAUUCCGGUGUAUCUUCCGUUGUCGUUGUGCUACGUACAGUAGCAUUCGGAGUAACAUUCGCGCAAAAUGAGCGCGAAGCAGGCCGCGGCGUGCAGUGGCUUCGUGCCGGGAAUGGUACGGCCAACUCGCUGCAAGAGGUGCUUCGGGGAUGUUGGCGACCAUAAACCCAAGGAGCCAAUUAUUAGGCGCAGAAGUUUAAAGGAAGGUGAAGAAGCUAACGGUAUUGGAAAUGGACCAAAAAGUCGAAGUAAUAGCCUCGUUCAAACGCCUGAAGAGAACAACGUUACAGAGAAUAACUCAGCAGAUGUCGAGUUCAUCCUUAAGGUGAAGGGCGCUAUGGGCUCACGAAGACAAAGUGAUGACGCGCGGUCUGUUUCAACGAUUGACACAAUGUGUACUGCUACCACAGAUACCACUGAUACGACACUGCAGUUCCAGGACAGUUACGAGGACCUCAUGGACAUGGUAAAUGGGUUGCGAAAACAAUUGGAAGCAUCGGAACAGAAAGUCAGCCAACUAGAGAAGGAAAAAGUGGAGCUGAUACAGCGUAAGAGUGCACCUUCCGUCGACGACAAGAAAUCACUAGACAAGGCUGCUUCUGAACUGUUACAGCUUAGGACAAAGCUUCAUAAGGCCGAAGCUAAUACCGAAGAACUAAAGGACGAUAAUAAAGUGCUUGCAUUACAAGUCAAAGAACUGGAAGCUGAGUUAGAUCAGAUAAAAGAAGUCAAAGACUGCUCCAAGGAAGAACUCACACAGCUAAGAAAUAAGCUUUCGCAAGCGGAGGCCCUGUGUGAAGAAAUCAUGGAAGAAAACGAGCAUUUCAAGAAGGAAAAUCGUGAUCUAGAACAGCAGAUCGAAGAAAUGCACGACAACUUCCGAGAGGAUCAUAAUAACGAAUUUCUUGAAGCUAAACGGGAUCUCGAUGCAGCACAAAAGAAUUGCCGUGUACUUCAAUUCAAGAUGCGCAAGGCCGAGAAGCGAGUAGAACAGUUAGAAUUGGAAAAAAGCCAGCUGGACGAAACAAUUAAGGAACUGGAAAAGACUGCCAGAACGCAAGUCGAUAAAACCAAAAUGAGAAACUUGGAAGAGGAAUUAAGGGUUGCCCAGGAACUUAAUAACAGGCUUACUAAGGAGCAAGCAGAGCGACCUAAAAGCGUGGGUGGGGACGAGUACGAAAGGUUGAGUCGCGAUCUCCUCGAUUCAAUGGAACGUGAAGCAGACCUCAAAGAGCAGCUGCGAUAUGCCGAAGAGGAAAGCCAAAGCUCGCGCAAAAAGCUUGCACAGCUAGAACAAGAAAACGAAGUGCUGAUUAUGCAGGUACACAAAAUGACUAAAGGCGGUGCCUCCACUGGAGAUGCAAUAACACCUGAAGAAAUGAAGAUCCAAAUGGAAAUACAGGAAAAAGAGAUACUUGUUUAUAAGAGACGUGCAGAAGACCUUGAUCACAAAAAUGAAGCACUCCAAAAAGAAGUCAGAGCUCUCGAAAUAAAGUUAAUCAACACUUCGACGACGAAGCUCGACCUCUCCAAGCUUCCUCCUGGAUCGGACAAAAGUCCUAUAGGUCAGAAGGUAAAGCUACUGGAGAUGGAAGCCAAAGAACUUCGUGCAAAGGUUAUCGAAAAGGAACGCGAAGUCGAACGACUCAAUGCUGAAUUGCAAGUACAAAAACGAAAAGUGUCGAAACAAUUGAUGGUGCGUAGCCGCUCGCUUGACGGAGACCUUCAGCAGGUCGCUCCACAAGUGGACCUGAAAAGGAAACUCCAGGUUGUGGAAGAGGAGGCUGCUAUACUAAAGCGGAAGAUAUCCGACUUGGAGGAAGAAACUGAACGGCUUAGUGAAGAGAACAAACGUCUUCAUACAAGGGCUUCCCGGAGGCCAACACCCAGUCCCGCUGACCAAUUACUGGCCGAAAACGGAGAUCUCAAAUUGAAAGUAGAAGAGCUAGAAAAGAAAUUAGCCGGGGCCAACAGAACCCUUGACACCGUAAACGCCAGAUCUACAGAGGGAAGGCCGCCGAGCGGCUCAGAUAAGGAAGAGCUUAACGGGUUGCGGAAAACGUUGCGAUCGAAAGACGAGCAGAUAAAAUCGUUGGAGGAAAAGAUUAAACAGCUGAGCAACGAGUUUGCACGAAUCAAUAAGGAAAACAAGAAACUGAUAGAAAAUAUGGGCUAUCAGAGAAGGCCACCGAGGAUUAUUAAAGAUACUGCCACCAUCCGAGAACUCCGUGAAAUCAUAAAGGACCUGGAGGAUGAAAUCGGCGAUCUCCAAAUAAGCCUCAGAAGUACUGAGAUAACGCAAGAUGGAAAAAUAGCAGAUCUUCAAAAAGAACGCAAUCGUCUUCGCGAAGAUCUUUGUACUAUGGAAGCUCGGUUGAAAAAUGGCGGUGGCAGUUCUGGCAGCAGCUCAGCGAAUGACGAAAAGCUACGCGUACUCACACAACAGUUAGAUACAUUGAACCACACUGUUAAACAAGCUCAAGUAAAACUGAAAGAAGCACAAUCUGAGCUUACUUCUAAGACAAAGGCCAUUGAGAGUUCGCAUCUACUUAAUAAAAAGCUCGAUAAAGAAGUUCAACAGCUAAAAGAUGAGCUGGACGUUGCAAGAAGUUCGAGACCGGGCGGCGAUCGCGAUAAAGAGAGGCGAAUUCGUGAGGAGUAUGAGAGAAAAAUAGAACGGGCGGCAGCGGAAGCUAAAAAGGUGCUGUCCGAGGAACUUGAAAAUCUCCGAAAAAAACUGCAGAUGACUCAACAACAAUGUGAUAAACGCGAGGAUGAAGUAAAACGUGAAACUGAAAAGAUUCGAACGAUGAAUCAGCAGUUCCGCAAGGAGAAGGACGACUGGAACACGAAGAUCACCGAUCUUGAAGAGAAACUCAGGUCCGAGUGCCGUCGUCGUGAACGUCUUGAAAGGGACCAUGAAAAUGAGCUUAAAGCAAAGGCUGAAGAGCUCGUAAGCAUUCAGAACAAAAUAUUCUCUAUGGAACGGGACUAUCGCCGCUUACAAGGCCGCUUCGACGAUGAAGAGCAUUUUCACAAUCAACAGCUGAAGCAGCUUGAAAAAGAUUUAUCAAAGAAGCAGCAAGAAUUGGAGGACGCAGUCAAUAAGUAUGAGGUUCUUGAGGAAGAACACAUCAGCGUGCGAAUGAGACUUCAAGAGGACAAGGAUCGUGCUGAAAGUAUUGCCAAACAAAGCCGCCACGAUUACGAGCGCGUCAAUAUGGAGCUGUCGACGUUGCGCGAAAGUAUCCAAAGUCGGCAUGAGGCGUACACCAACGAAAAACUCGAGUUUCAAAACUACAUACAUGAAGUCGAAGGUAAGGUGAAACGACUACAAGAAAGCGAGGUUGAAAAACAGAGGUUGCGGCAAACUUUAAAGGAGUGCGAGGCACAGAUUGAUGACUAUAAACGUAGCGAGCGAGCUCACAAGGAAGAGAAGGAGCGUCUAAAGACACGCAACGAUGAAUUACAGAUGAAAUUGGGAGAGAUGGAACGCACCGAACGAAGUUUACGCACAUUGCAGGCAGGUAACACACAGGAAAGUAGCGAACUUAGGGCCAAAUUGCAGCAUUCAGGACAUGCACACAAGGCCGAAGUGGCAGCGCUUCGCAGCGAGUACGAAGGCAAACUCGACAUUAUCGCAGGCGAACUUGACUCUAUGCAAGGCCAAAUCAUCUCCCUGGCGAAAGAGCGGGAUAACCUAAGAGAACAGCUUGAAGAAGCCAAGAAGGAACUAAAUCGGCUAAAAGGCAACGCUGUGCGCGAUGAACGCAUAAAGAGCCGAGAGGCCGCAGAACAUGCGUUCAAGAAGAUGGAGGAACUUCGUUUUCAAGCUCAGGAAAUCAAAAACCAACUAGAUUAUGCACUUUCAGAGAACAGGAAAAUGAGAAUUCAAAUAGAUGCAGACAAAUCAUCCUUCGAAAUUCAAGUGGCAACUUUAAAGUCUAAACUUAACCAGUAUGAGGAGGCCAAGCUGUUGGAAACAUCUCGCGGCAGUAACAAACUGUAUGCGAAAACACGGCUCGAGUUGGCCUGGGAGAAGGAACGACAAGAUCAGCAAAAGGUCCUUCAUGAUGCCCAGAGGAUCUUGCGCGACCUCAAAGAACGUCUUCUGCGCGCUGAACAUGAGCGUGAGCAGCACCGUGAGCUUCUCAAUAAACAAAUGCAGAAGCAGAUGAGCGAGCUUAGCGAAGACCAGAUUACGAAAGAGCUUCUUGACUUACAAGCUGAAUUGGACGAAGCCAAAGAGAACAUGCGUCGUCUGCGACACCACUAUGAGCGUUCGAGGAAAGAACGCGAGCGGCUCACGAAUGAGCGCGACGAAUAUAGAGCGAAGACCCUAUGCAUGAAUGAGGUACACUCAGAGACAAGUCACAUGGCUCAAGACUUCGCUCGGCUAGUCGAAAUGAUUCAAGCCGACGGGGAUUCAGCGAAAUCGCGGCCAUUGCGACCAAAUAAUCGCGAGCAAAUUCGGGCUGAGCUACAAAAGCUUGUUGGUCGAAUGGAAUCCAUUACGAAACUGACCUCGCCAGCGGCACAGAUUGCUCGGAACCAAUCAUUCAAACGUGCUGUGAGCGCGUCAGACGUCAGUCAGGCAUUACCAUUCAUCAGGGCACCUCCACGCACCAAAUCGAAGAAAGCAAUGUCACUUGGACAGGGCUUUGGUUCUGAUCAGAAGCUUUGGGCGGGUUCGGGCGACAGCCUCGCAUCAGGUAUUUCUCCAGCUGGGUCGCAAACUUCUUUACAGCGACAUGCCACUGGCUACGAUAGCGAUGCCUCUAUUGUGUCAGCACCGGCUCACCAUUAUGGCAAACCUGGGGUGAGCUUUGAUUCAGACAACGAUUUGAAUCAGGUGUCGGAUUCCGAAAGUUUACCUGGCCACAAAAUCGUACGUAAGAAAACUCUCAAAGAGCGUAUUAUGGGAAUGAAGUCGUCGAUGUCAAGGUUGGACGUUACACCUGAUCGAGAAUGUAGAGCCGGCUCGCUGUCUCGCACAUCAUCAAGCGAGGCACCUAAAAGUGUCCUUAAGUACGCUACCCCAAAACGGACCGGUUCAAAUAGCUCCUUUACUGAGACUCAGGUUUAAUUAAAACGAUUGCUAAAAUUAUGGAUUUUGUUUAAAAGCUCUAUCGUUCCAUAAAUGGCUUCUGCAACUGUAUAUAAUUACUACUACUUUAUUGUAAAUAAUCUGUGUAGAAAAUAAACUCUAGUUAA